AUGAGGCGCGCGCGGAGUGUCACAGGGCCCUUGCGGCGCGCCCACCCGGCGUCGGGGGCGACCUGGAAUGUCCAGGUGGUGCGAGGUAAAAUGAGUUCACAGUGUUUAUGGCAUGCGUGUCGUGCUCUCAGCGCUGGCCUCUUGCUAAUGCUUCUCGGUGCCGCGAUGGCAGUCAUAGGUUACUACGCAGAUACACUCUCAGUGGCAGAGGAAAUACGGGGAAAUUCCACGAUAUCGGUCAAAGACGAGGCACGAGGCUUUCAUCUCAAUAACUUAUCCUACGCUGGUCCCAUCGUUAUGGGUUUCGGAGGAUUCAUCGUUGUAGCAGCGUGCGUGAUGACGUUUGAAGCCCGCGACAGCGCCGCAAAGGUGACACCGGCUCGUCCACAGACGCUACCUCGACCACUUCCUCGAAGAGGUCCCUGCGCUGCGCCCGCACGCCUCGACCAGCUCGGCGUCUACCGCUUACCACACGUCCUGCCUUUACCACACGCCUUGCCACUCGCACCCCCACACCGCAUUAGAGCGCCGCAUACUUGCCACAGGUACAGAGUUGGCGGAGAGAAAUCUAAGGAACGCGCUCGGUUCGGCUCCGCGCCGGACUUGCGGGUCGGUAGCGUGCGCGCCGCGCUACCCGUCACGGCGCUACGACGCCCUCUACGACGCUACGCGCUUUCUGUCGACGAGCCUCCCCACUCAGCAGUCAGUGCAAGUGCGGCCGAGUCUGAGUGUGGUUCACAGUCGUCUCUCGCGCUGGACUUGCACGCGAGCGGCGCCUGCGCCGGCGUCACACUGCGGGUGCGCGACAACACGCGCCGACGUCCGCUCGCACGACAACAGAGGCUCAUAGAAGAUCUACACCCACCAGGCGAAGGCGUCAGUACCACAGUAUGCAACAUAGAAGAAGUUCCACCUCCAAACAACGAAGAGCAGACCAGCGAAACUGUAGAAAUGGUUCAUUUGACCAUUGAACAAGAAGCGCGUGCGCGAAGUGCCCCGCCCGCCUCCCAGCCGUCAUCGCCGCCGUCGCCGCAAAUUAUUGUGUCUCCACCACUUUCACCUUCGAAGCCACAAAAAGAAACUACCAUUCUCAUAGAGAAAUCAGAAAAUAGUACUUUGGAACAGCCACCGCCGCCUGACCAAUGA